AUGUUUGCCGCGACGCGGAGCCUCGCGCUUCUCCUCCUCGGCCUGUCCGUCGGCGCUGCGGCGGCAGAGGAGGAGAACCCAUUCAAGGAGGACGGCGACAAGGGCGGCAGCCAGUGCUACGAGUGGGCGGCCGACGGGCAGUGCAAGUCCAACCCGGGGUACAUGCAUGACUCGUGCAAGUACUCGUGCUGGGAGUUCGAGCACCGACGAAAGGCGUACCCGGACGCGCCGAUCGACAAGAACUUUCACUGCCACAACUGGGCCGCCAAGGGCGAGUGCCUUUCCAACCGCGCCUUCAUGGCCACCACCUGCCCCGAGUCGUGCAAGGACAAAGUCCCCGCCGCGUCCUCGCCAAUCUGA